CCUUGGCCUAUUUUUUGCCUGAGUAUUCUGACCCGUCGUCUGAUCAUCCUUGUUACUCGAAGAAGAUUUCGCACUCUGUCGCGUAUUUCGUGGGUGCUUGGGAGUAUUGGAGUUUUCAUCUCCUACUUUGACGCUUAUCUUGAGCUCCCCAUCAGUUUUAGUGACAUGGCGCGCUUGAUUGCGAGCACCGCCUCGUCCUCGACCUCGUCGAUUACCGGCGUUCUGUUCCGGAUGCACUGUGACUCUUCCUUCCAGACGACUGCCCUUGUUCGCCUGGUUCGCCGGUUCUUCAGACCGACCACGCGUCUUGUUGCCACCUCGAUGGCCACGCUGAUUCGGCCCCCAUUGAUGACCUCCACGACCGGACGGUUUUUUACGAGUUUCUAUGGACGGCACAUUUUCACGCCAUGUAUCCGCUCUUAG